AUGGGAUGCUGUCUCCACACAGACAAAGGAUUCAUAUGGACCUUCCUUGGCCCUGUCUGCACCAUCUUCUCUAUUAAUUUGGUUUUCUUUCUGAUGACCUUCUGGAUUGUGAAAAACAAGCUCUCCUCACUCAACAGCGACGUGUUCAACCUCCAGAACACAAGGAUGCUGACAGGUAAAGCCACAGCUCAGCUGCUCAUCUUGGGCUGCACGUGGUGUCUGGGCAUCCUGCAGGUGGGUCCAACUGCCCAUGUCAUGGCUUACCUCUUCACUAUCAUCAACAGCCUGCAGGGCGUCUACAUCUUCCUGGUGUACUGCAUCCUCAGUCAGCAGGUCCAGGAGCAAUACAAGAAAUGCUUCAAAGGGAUCAGGAAAAUGAAAGCUGAGUCUAAGAAGUACAUGCUCUCAAGCAGGACCGUAUCUGAUGCCUCCAAACACAAUGUGGUAAGAUUAUGCAGUGUUCCCAGAGCACUUCACUAAUGAGUCCUCUUAAGAAGCUCAUUCCUGCCUCACUGGACA